AUGGGCGGCAGGCCGCACGGGCGGCAGCGGUCGCUGGUGUCGCACUCAGGCGGCUUGACAGCUGGCCUGUCUCCUGGCCUGGCUGCUCGGUCCGGCCUCACUGGAAGCACCUUCGCCAGUAGCAGUGCCUUUGCUGGUGGUGGUGCCUUUGGUGGUGGUGGUGCCUUUGCUGGUGGUGGUGCUGCCGGUGGUGCCAGUGGCAGUGGCGUGGGGUAUGUGAGCGGCAGCAUCAACGCCCACGCGGUCAAUAGCAGCAGCAGCAGCAGCUUCAUACGAGGCAGGAGGCGCACCAUAUCCACCGUUACAGUCACCACAGCUGUAGCGGGAGCAGGCGGGGAGGGGCUGGGCGGAGGCGGAGGAGGAUUCGGUGGGGGAGCAGGAGGAGGGGGGGUUGUGUCAGCACAGCCACCUGCGCUGUCUCCACGUGCGUUGGCGCAGCUGGACCGCAGCUUUGGCAGCGAUGAGUCCAUGUCGUCCAGUGGCGAGGUGGUCAACGUGCUACACGAUGCCUCGGGUGGCGGUGCUGGCAGCAUGAAGGAUGAAUCCCGAGCGAGGGACACUUCAGGAGCAGCGCAGCGCGACAUGUGUCGCAUUCUGAGAGCACGGUGCAGCUACAGAUGCGGCCCGCUCUUCCAGGAUACCCACCGUACACCGCUGGUAGAGCUGGCCGUAGCACGAGCGGAGGAUCAGGAGGAGGAGGAUGAGGAGGAGGGAGAGGAGGUGGAGGAAGGGUGGAAGGAAGAAGGGCGCAUGUGGGAGGAGGGUGCAGAAGGAGAGUGGUAUGAUGAACAGCAUGGGCAGGAGGAAGGGGAGUAUGGGGCGCACAGCAGCGGGCAUGAUAGCUUUGCGGUGGCGCUCGCAGCAGCAGGCGGGUGGGACAGUGGCGCGCAGGGAAGCAGCAGGCAGGUCAGUGGCAGGCAAGGAGGGGCGUCCCAUGGUGUGUCACCGCCAGUGUCAGGAGCUAUGGAGUCUGGACGGCAGGGGGGAGAAGGGAGGAGGAGAAAGGCAGAGGUGGCGAGGGAGAGGAAGAGGAAGAAGGCUCCUCCGCCCUUGGCCCUGGAGAGACAGAAGAACCGACUUGCCGCCACCAAAUGCAUCACUGCAGCGUUGCAGCAGGCAGAGGUGGGUAGCCUGGCAGCAGCACAGCGCACCAUACAGCAAGGCGUGGCAGCCAUCCAAGCGUCUUAUGCCAUGCAGCAAGGGGAUGAGGCGUCAAUGCACUUGAUAAACGAGCUGAUGGAAAUAGAGAGACGCAUGUGCAACAUGCAGACGUACAAGGGAGCAGGUCUGGCGUAUGCUCUCUCUGCGCAGUCAGCUCAUCUGCUGCAGCGAGCCAACACGAGGGGGGGAGGGGCCGCAGCAGACAGCACAGCUGGCCUCGACUACAUGCGUUUCUCACCAUCAGACGCCUUCAAUGGAGGAGGGGCAGCAGCUGCUGGCGUUGCUGCUGCUGCUGCCUCCUCCUCCAAAUCACCCUCACAGCCGUUCUUUGAUGGUAGACAAGGUGCGAACGGGGCAAAUGGGAUGCUUGCUGCUGCGGCUGCAGCCCUACCUCAACCACCCCUGGAUGGUGGUGGCACCUACAGCAACAGCUGCUCCUCUCAGAACGGUGGUGAUCUCUCAUUUGGUAACUCCUGUGAGCAGCUGCAGCAGUUUGAGACAGAGGAUCUCUCAUUUGGUUCAGCUUCCUUUCAAUCCAGACCAGUAGCAGCGUGCCAGACACACCAACAGCAGCAGCAACAGCAGCAGCAGCAGGGAGGAGUAGGGCUGAGAAGGCAGAGGUCUGGCGUGCAACGCAGCAGCAAGCCGACUCCCCUGGUGGUGCGCAGUGGGAUGGGUCUGGCUGCUGCUGUGGCCGCCGCUGCUGCAGCUGCAGGGGAUGGCCGGCUGGACUCCUCUGCUUCACUCUCUGCUGUGGCUCAUGCGCUCUCGUCCUCACCUCGUCCCGUGGAAGCAUGA